ACAGCAGGGUGAGGAGGAGAACAGCAGGGUGAGGAGGGGAACAGCAGGGUGAGGAGGGGAACAGCAGGGUGAGGAGGAGAUCAGAGAGAGUGUGGGAUCGGCUGGGCUCAGAACGGAGGCUUUACUGGAUUACAGAGGCUGUGCCCUCCCGAGGUGGAGAGACUCUCACACUUCCGUAGAGGAGGAUUAACGCAUCCCACGAUGCAACAUUUACCAGCCGGGCUCCAGGAGGUCACUCUUUACCCGAGGAAGAAAGAGCGAAGCAGGUUCUACGUGUUCUGACCCGAAUGUCUCCAGCUGUGUCUCCAUGGAGACGGCCAUGUUCUGAGCCCUGAGGGGGAGACAGCAUUCCUGCAUUACCCGCACCCCCCCCAGAGGAAGCGGCUGCCAUGUGGAGCUGAUACUGACCUACAGCCUGCAGACCCACACACACGGUCUGUGGAUUCCCAGGACCACCAUGCCUCACCCUGUCCCUCCCCCCGCCCUGCGGUGGUGGCUCCUCCUCCUGCUGGCCGCGCCCAUGUGGGGCGGGGAGACGUGGGGGGAGGUGUCCAUGUGCCCGCCCCACUGCGUGUGCAGGAACCUGUCUGAGUCUCUGAGCACGCUGUGUGUGAACAAGGGCCUGCUGUCGGUCCCGCCCCACAUCGACCGGCGCACGGUGGAGCUGCGUCUCGCCGACAACUACAUCCCGCAGCUGGGCGGGGCCGACUUCGCCAACAUGACGGGAUUGGUGGAGCUGACGCUGUCCCGCAACACGCUGCACAGGCUCCGCCCCCUGGCCUUCGCCGACCUGGAGAGCCUCCGAUCGCUGCACCUGGACGCCAACCGGCUGACGGGCCUGGGGCCCCUGGACCUGGCGGGGCCCGCCAACCUGCAGCACCUCACGCUCAACAACAACCAGCUGAGCGCCAUCGCCCCUCAGGCCUUCGGCCACUUCCUGUCCUCCCUGGAGGACCUGGACCUGUCCUACAACAACCUGCGGGAGGCGCCCUGGGCCCAGGUCCGCAGCAUGGCCGCCCUGCACACGCUCAACCUGGACCACAACCUGAUCGAGAGCGUGCCGGACGGGGCCUUCGCCGACCUGCAGCAGCUGGGCCGCCUGGACGUGUCGUCCAAUCGGCUGCGCACGCUGCCGGGCCCCGCCCCCGGGCGGCUCAGCUUCGGCGGGAACCCGCUGCACUGCAACUGCCAGCUGCUGUGGCUGCGAGGGCGGGGCCCGCAGCCCGACGCCAUGGAGACCUGCGCCAGCCCCGCCCCGCUGGCCGGGCGCUACUUCUGGGCGGUGCCGGAGGCGGAGUUCACCUGCGAGCCGCCGCUGAUCGUGCACGCGCACGCGCACACGCACGCGCUGUGGGCCCUGGAGGGCCAGAGGGCCACGCUGCGCUGCCGGGCGCUGGGGGACCCGCCCCCGCAGGUGCGCUGGCUGGCCCCUGACGAGCGUGUCCUGGGCAACAGCAGCCGGGUGCGUGCGUACGGGAACGGCACGCUGGACGUCCUGGUGACGCGCGCGCGGGACGACGGGACCUACACCUGCAUCGCCGCUAACGCCGCCGGGGAGGCCAGCGCCCGCGUGCAGCUACGCAUCGCCCCCCUCCCCCAUCGCCGCGGCAACCGCACCGGCCUCCCGGGCCAUCGCCACGCCAACCGCACCGACCCCCGAGAGCCGUCCGACAUCAGCGCGGCAGGGAGGGCCGGGGCCAACGGGACCGGGGGGGAGGAGCCCGGCAGGGUGGGCGUGCAGGAGGUCACUGCCACCACAGCGGAGGUGCGCUGGCACCUGGGGGGAGGGGCCUCCACGGACUACCUGCCCUGGAUGUACCAGAUCCAGUACAACAGCACCGCUGAUGAGACCCUCAUGUACAGGAUCCUGCCCCCCAGCAGCCGGGGGUUCCAGCUGAGGAACCUGGUGUCUUCGGCGGACUACAGGCUGUGUGUGGUGGCGGUGUUUGAGGAGGUGGGCGUGGGCUCAGUGACGGGCGUGCGGGUGCUGGGCUGCGCGUCCUUCAGCACGCGUGAGGACUUCCUGCGCUGCCGCACGCUGCACGCCCACUUCCUGGGCGGGGCCCUGAGCGUGCUGGUGGGCGGGGCCGUGGUGGUGAUGCUGCUGGUCAUCACCGUGGCGACCAUGGUCCGCCACCAUCAGCACCAGUGGGCCUGCGGUCGCCACGACGCCGACGAGGGGCGGGUCCGCUGCCGCGGGAGGAGCCGAGCCGGGGAGGGCCACGCCCAGGGGGCGGAGUCUCCGCUCCUCAUCGCCAAGGGGACGAGUGUGUACUCGCAGACUAACGGAGAGGGCGGGGUGAUGAUGGUGGUCCUGCCCAAAGACCCGUCUGACCGCCCCGCGGCGAGACGCAUCCCGCCCUACUCCCCCGAGAGCCAGCGGGCCACGCUGUACUACCCCGGCCCCGCCUCCUGCACCCUGCCCAGCGCACGGAGGCCCCGCCCGCUCAGCCCCGCCCCGCCCGCUGCCCCGCGCACAAACCGCAGCUGCUCCUUCGACAUGGGCGAGGUCGCCACGGCAACCCGCCACGGCUACGGCAAGCCGCCGGGCAGCGUCUGGAGCGGGCGAAGGCCCUCGCUGCAAAGCAUGCUGGUCCCCUGCACCAGCCCCACCCACAAUACCAACAGGGAUGAGCUGGAGGAGAGCGUGGUGUAG